AUGAAACUUUACGAUUGGCACCAAUCACAGAGCCACGUGUACAUCAGGCCCUACACACCGAUCACGGUAACACCAUCAUCGAUCAGCACGCCCUCGCACACCCACGCCCUGUAUAAAUGCGUAACCAGCGUAGCGCUGAGCAACGGCGUGUACGUGCUGCAAAAGGACAUGAAAGAGAUGUGGCCGUGCCUUACCGUUGAGAUACGUGAUGAUGUGCGUGAUGCGAGUGUUGAUAACGAGAAGGAGGAUAGUUUGGACGAGUUGCUGGUUAGGUUGUACAGGGAUGGUGACGAUGAGAGGAAACGAGCGAUGGAUAAGAGCUUUUGCGAGAGUAGCGGUACGGUGUUGAGCACAGAUUGGGAAAGUGUGAAGAAUAAGAAAUGA